GCGCCGCUCAUCAGCCACGCCAGUCACGUCUGGGGCCACCGGCCGCCUUGUUCUUCCUUUCCCGCUUUGCUUUCUCCCCUCUCCCCUGUCGGCGAGGGCAAAGUGGCCGUGGUGGCGCCAUGCCCGGGCCGGAGUGAGUGCGAGCGGGCGAAGAUGGCGUACAUCCAGUUGGAACCAUUAAACGAGGGUUUUCUUUCUAGAAUCUCUGAUCUGCUGCUGUGCAGAUGGACCUGCCGGCACUGCUGUCAGAAGUGCUACGAGUCCAGCUGCUGCCAAUCGAGUGAGGAUGAAGUGGAAAUUCUGGGACCUUUCCCCGCCCAGACUCCUCCCUGGCUGAUGGCCAGCCGGAGCAGUGACAAGGAUGGCGACUCCGUCCACACAGCCAGCGAGGUCCCGCUGACCCCACGGACCAAUUCCCCGGAUGGGAGACGCUCGUCUUCAGACACUUCCAAGUCCACGUACAGCCUGACUCGGAGGAUUUCAAGUCUCGAGUCCCGACGGCCCAGCUCCCCGCUCAUCGACCUCAAGCCCAUCGAGUUCGGCGUGCUCAGCGCCAAGAAGGAGCCCAUCCAGCCUUCGGUGCUCAGGCGGACCUACACGCCCGACGACUACUUCCGGAAGUUCGAGCCGCAGCUGUACUCCCUCGACUCCAGCAGCGACGACGUGGACUCCCUGACGGACGAGGAGAUCCUGUCCAAGUACCAGCUGGGCAUGCUGCACUUCAGCACCCAGUACGACCUGCUGCACAACCACCUCACGGUGCGCGUGAUCGAGGCCAGGGACCUGCCGCUCCCCAUGGCCCACGACGGCUCGCGCCAGGACCUGGCGCACUCCAACCCCUACGUCAAGAUCUGCCUCCUGCCCGACCAGAAGAACUCCAAGCAGACCGGGGUCAAGCGCAAGACCCAGAAGCCCGUGUUCGAGGAGCGCUAUACCUUCGAGAUCCCCUUCCUCGAGGCGCAGCGCAGGACCCUGCUCCUGACCGUGGUGGACUUCGAUAAGUUCUCCCGCCACUGUGUCAUUGGGAAGGUCUCCGUGCCCUUGUGCGAGGUUGACCUGGUCAAGGGCGGGCACUGGUGGAAGGCGCUGAUCCCCAGCUCGCAG